AUGACAGAGUACUCGCUCGCAGCGGUUCUAAGCGCUGUACAGGCACUCUACAACAUGGAAGGCGCUGGACGACAGCGAGAAGCCAACGAGUUCCUGAACACAUUUGCAGCUUCUGAUGCAGCGUGGAGUAUAGGAUGUCAGCUACUGCUGGACGAGAUGCUGGUCCUGCCUUUGGAAGCACUCUUUUUUGCAGCCAACAUGCUGCAUACAAAGAUACGCAAGGAGUGGGUCCAGCUGUCUGUAGAGACCAAAGAGGCAAUACAUGUGUCGCUGCAAACAUUGAUGCAAGCGCUACAAGAUCGUACGAGAUCAGAUCUCGUGCACGGACCGCUUGUGAGCAAGUUGUGUGCGAGUUACGCGGUAGUGAUGAUCUCGUCUCCGGAGGAAUGCAAAUCUCUGUUUUCGCACUUGUUGACUACCUGCUCGACAACGGGAAACACCGAACAAGUAGUUUUCUUGCUGGUCUUUGCACGCUGCGUGUGCGAGGAAAUGGAAAAUGCGGAGCUGCCGUUUGCAGCAAAGGAUGCAAUGGAAAUGCAUCUGGCAUCUCUGAGCGGAGACUUGGUGACGUUGAUUGGCAAAAUCGUCUGCACGCGCGAAGACCUCGACGUGCAUGUGGCUUCGUUGCAUGGCGAGGCCUUAACCUGCCUGAAUAUCUGGACCAGACCGGCAGGGCUAUCGCUAGCGUCGUUGUACAGCAAGGACAAAACUAUACUGCUGGCGCUGUUAAACGCAUUGCAAACCAAAUCUCGGCAUUUGCGGGCGAGCUCUGAGAUACUCACAAAGCUUAUCAUCGUAUCGUCAUACCCGACUCCAGCACAAUUGGAGCAGACGCUGCUGGUUGUGGCACAAGAAUUGCUUAAGACGCGCGCUGCAAUCGAAAGCGCGAUUGACGCGGAAGAGGAGGAUGCUUGCCAUGCUCUUGCGGACGUCAUCUCAACGUUUUGCGAAACAUUUGCGGAUUGGAUACUAGAGGGCAAGCAUCCUCAAGAAGCUAUCGCAUUGGGCGAGCUCAUGUUGUACCUUGGCAGCCAUCCUCGUCGACAAAUUGCGUCGCUUACUCUGGAGUUUUGGAUGAUCGUUCAGGAUGAGCCUGUGCACUCUCGUUUACACUUUUAUCAGCAUGAUGCUUUCAUCCGCCUGUUUGAGGUUGUACUCAAGCAGUGCUCAUUCCCACCAGGAAAUGUGGAGGAUGUGGGCGAAUUUGAGAUUGAUGACCUAAACGCUUUUCGGAGCGACAUUCAUGGUGCCCCUGACGCUUUCAUAGCAAUAUUUUCGCUGCUAAAGGAGCAAUACCUUUCGCGUCUAGUUCACGUUCUUACAUCGGCAGCGUCCAGUGAGUGGCAAAGUGUCGAAGUCGCCUUAUUUGCUAUCUCGUCGGUUGCGGGCGAAGUCAAGAAAAAGCUAACAAAAGCUUACGCCAACACUCCGAUGCAGAUUGAGCUGGAAAGUAUGAUAUCGCAGAUUUUUCGCGUAGUUUUGGACCCGGCAGCUAAUACUCAUCCCCUCGUGAUUGCCACGGCUGCACGGUUGUUGGGGCAGUUUGCGGGCUGGAUCAAUGACAGAGCUUUAGCAGCCCACACGUUUGAGACGGUCGGAGCAGUUCUACAGUAUUUGUCCGACGCGCUUGGACUUCGACCAAGUCGUGCAAAUGCUGCUAAAAGCUUUAUGCAAGUAUCAACAAGUUGCAUGGCUUGUCUUGCUGAGAUGCCGCCAAGCUUACUUGUGGCUGGUGCGCAGCAUUUUGGUGGCACUUUUGGUCGGGAACCCAUGCCAAUCGAAGAACGGCUACUUGUCGUUGAGGGGCUCGUACGUGCUGCUGCUGUUUCACCAAACUGCUCCGUGAUUUUGCAGACUGUACUAGACGACUCGCUUUCUCGUGUAGAUCAAGCGCUUGUCGCAAAGGAAACCAACGGCGCGGCUUUGUAUAUCAUAGUGUGCAACGAGCUUCAAGUGCUUGGCAAGCUGAUGCGAUUUCUUGAUGCACCUGAGGAUACAGCUGGGGGUAAAGCCGUCACGGCAUGGGCUGCUCAGCAAAUUUGGCCUCACUUGAACCCGAUUGCACUACAGUUUGACGUCGACGAGGCAAUAAUGGCGGCUCUAUUCGAACUGUUUGGAUGGUGUCUGCAGAGCUUGCGGCAGCAAAUGGCAUCACAGCUUGAUGGAAUUGCUACCCUGAUUGUGAGAGUGUUUGAGAAACGGCACUACGCGGCUCCGCUAGAGUGUGCAAUAGUCGCUCUUGAUGUGUUUGGAAAGGAGGCAAACGCAGAGGUUGCUGGUAGUUUCCGAGGACUUUUGGGCGCAUUGAGUCGAUCAGCUUUUCAAUUUUUCACGACGCAUUCGCUGGCUGAAAAGCCGAAGGUGCUGCAGUCGUUUUUUGAGCUAGGCUACCGCUUUCUGCUCUCCUGCCCAGCUGCAGUACUUACUGCAGCCGAGUUUCCCGUGCUGAUUGAGCUCGGACUGGCUUGCCUGGGCAACCAGGAUCGCGCCUCGACGAAUGCGGUUCUCGUGUUUCUCACAUUCUUGCUCAACGAGUAUACGACAAGACUCGCACCAUAUACGGCAGUGAUCAACGCCUGUGUACUGGAUGCCGGCCAACCCGAAAAGUGGCUUGAUGGUAUCAUUGGUGCGCUGGCGUUGAAGAGUCCGAGCACUCUGUACGAGUCGAUGGCCAAGCUGCUAUACGCACUACUAACUAACUUCACUGGCAACACACACGUGCGGGAAGCACUGGUACGGUCUUUGACUCGCGACGCACUGGGUGUGGGAGGCCUGGGACCGGAAGACCGGCAGCAGGUGCUACACUUGUGGCUAUCCCUCACUGCCCAGCCUUCACACUAUUCUGAGCGGCGCUUUCGCGGUUUAUGCUCCGACUUUGCUAAGGUUUGUCGCAAGGAGUUAACGGCAGACGCGCUUCACUCGAUCGAGAUGCCCAACUGA